AGGACAGCGAACAGCAGCCGCGCCCAGUGCCCCCCUGCCCAGCCUCGUCCAGCGGGGACCCUCAUAAGACAAGACAGGACAAGGCAGAACAGGACAGAACAGGACAGAACAGGACAGGUCUUUUCGGCUUCCCGCCUGCGCCGCCCGGCUCGGGAGUCUUCCAUCCGUCCAUCUGUGGGCCUACUCUUGGGUCUGUGGUUCCAACGGUCAACCCUCCAGUGGGAGCUGAAGCCAUGUUUAGCUGGCUGAAGCGCGGGGGAGGUGGGGUGGCCCGGGGCCAGCGGGCCGAGGCCAUCCGCACGGUGACCACAGCGCUCAAGGAGUUGUACCGGGCCAAGCUGCUGCCACUGGAGGAACAUUACCGCUUCGGGUCCUUCCACUCGCCAGCCCUGGAGGAUGCUGAUUUUGAGGGCAAACCCAUGGUGCUUGUGGCCGGCCAGUAUAGCACGGGCAAGACCAGUUUCAUUCAGUACCUGCUGGAGCAGGAGGUUCCGGGCUCCCGAGUGGGGCCUGAGCCCACCACUGACUGCUUCGUGGCUGUCAUGCAUGGUGAGACCGAGGGCACCGUGCCUGGCAAUGCCCUCGUCGUUGACCCGGACAAGCCUUUCCGCAAACUCAACCCCUUCGGGAAUACCUUCCUCAACAGGUUCAUGUGCGCUCAUCUCCCCAACCAAGUCCUGGAGAGCAUCAGCAUCAUUGAUACCCCAGGCAUCCUUUCGGGGGCGAAGCAGAGAGUGAGCCGAGGCUAUGACUUUCCGGCUGUCCUGCGCUGGUUUGCCGAGCGUGUGGAUCUGAUCAUCCUGCUAUUUGACGCCCACAAGCUGGAGAUCUCCGAUGAGUUCUCUGAGGCCAUCGGGGCCCUGCGUGGCCACGAGGACAAGAUCCGGGUGGUCCUCAACAAGGCGGACCUGGUGGAGACGCAGCAGCUGAUGCGUGUGUACGGGGCACUCAUGUGGGCCCUGGGCCGCGUGGUGGGUGCCCCCGAGGUCCUGCGAGUCUACAUCGGCAGCUUCUGGGCCCAGCCUCUGCUCGUGCCCGAUAACCGGCGCCUCUUUGAGCUAGAAGAGCAGGACCUCUUCAGGGACAUCCAGGCCCUGCCCCGUCAUGCUGCCCUGCGACGGCUCAAUGACCUCGUCAAGCGGGCCCGCCUCGUCAGGGUGCAUGCCUACAUCAUCAGCUACCUGAAGAAGGAGAUGCCUUCUGUGUUUGGAAAGGAGAACAAGAAGAAGCAACUCAUUACUAACCUUCCUGUCAUCUUCGCCAAGAUCCAGCUGGAGCAUCACAUCUCCCCUGGAGACUUCCCCGACUGUGAGAAGAUGCAGGAGCUCCUCAUGGUUCACGAUUUCACCAAGUUCCACUCUCUGAAACCCAAACUACUGGAGGCCUUGGAUGAGAUGCUGACCCAGGACAUCGCCAAGCUGAUGCCCCUGCUUCGUCAGGAAGAGCUGGAGAGCCCGGAGGUGGGCGUGCAGGGCGGGGCCUUUGAGGGCACCCACAUGGGUCCCUUUGUGGAGGUGGGUCCCGGAGAGGCCCUGGGUGAAGGGGGGGAAGAUGGGGAUGAUGAAGCUGAAUGGGUAGUGACCAAGGACAAAUCCAAAUACGACGAGAUCUUCUAUAACCUGGCACCGGCCGAUGGCAAGCUCAGUGGCUCCAAGGCCAAGACAUGGAUGGUGGGCACCAAGUUACCCAACUCGGUUCUGGGUCGCAUCUGGAAGCUGAGCGACGUGGACCGUGAUGGCAUGUUAGAUGACGAAGAGUUUGCCCUGGCUAGUCACCUCAUCGAGGCCAAACUGGAGGGCCACGGGCUGCCCGCCGACCUGCCCCGGCACCUGGUGCCACCCUCCAAACGCCGUCAUAAGGGCUCUGCUGAGUGAGGGCCUAGAGCAGGGCCUGCCUCUGGCUCCAGCUCCCCUGCACCAACUCUGCCCUCUGACAGUCUGUUUCCCCACCUCUGUUCCUCUCAGAGCCCACUUUUAGCUUGUGUUCCCCACAGCUUCAUUCUUCUCUGAACCCCCAAUCGGUGUCCCUGUGUCUGGAAAUUUCUGAGCUCCCACCUCUGUCUUCUCUGAAUCUCCAACUUUAUCAUCUCUCAAGUUCCCACCUUGUUUUCCUCUCUGAGCCAUCUCUGUCUUCUGUGAAUCGCUGUGACUGGCCUGGCCAUCUCUGAACCCCCCAACUCUCAUCUCUCUGAGCCCCCAACUCUGUCUCACUCAGAGCCCCCAUUUAUUUUUCUCCAAGCUUCUGACUUGUGUUAACGUCUGCCCUUUCUUGGUCUCCUAGGAUCUCCCUCUUGACUCCUAACCUGCCUCCCUGUCUAUUCUACUGAAUCUCCCAUUUCUGUCACUGUCCAGUCCCCUGACCUAUACUGCCAUUCUCUGUCCUCUGAACCCCUGCAGCCUCUUCCUCUCUGAGCCCCCAGAUCUUCCCUAUUGUGAGACCCAGUCUUUCUCCCUACUCCCCCAGAAGUCUCCCACUAGCCUCACACCACUCCUGGCUCAUCAUAUCCCUCACUCUCCCUCAACAAACAGACUCUACCUUGCUCACACCUACCCCAAAUGUGAAUCCUUACACUUUUCUUCCUGCCUGGCCCUGCCUGGGGAAGUCCCUUCAUAGAGACAGUAUAAAGACCCAAGGGACCUACUUGUAUUUUAGCUCUACGGACUAAAAUACAUCCUCCCCCUGCCACUUCCACCUUUACACCAAAUCCUCAGACUUAAUAAGAAGUUGGAGGGAGAGGAGAAGAGCCCCUUCCAUGUAUCCCACCCCCAACACACAGAUAAAUACCUCCCCUCCAUGUGUGUUUGUGUAUGUGUGUGCAUGCUUGCACACACACACACACACACACACACACACACACCCUGGUUAAUUGGUAGAUAUAUUAUAAGGAUCAAGGUGAGGGAAAUGAGUCAGGUUUUAAGUAUACGUUGUUACAUUGUAUAUCCGUUAAGCAUGUUACAUUGUGUAUACAUUAAGUAUACACAAGUGAUUGCUCCCUUGGCUGUACGGAAGGAAUGGAAGGAAUCCUUCUAGCCCCCAGCUUGUUGACUGCCCCAUGGGUCCACAUAGAAGGUGUAGGGACCAAUGAAGGAACUGAGGAGAACCCAGAUUGAGAGAUUUAAUCCUACCCCUUCCCUCCUCCCCAUGCAUUUCUCUUAGGUGAACCACUCAGGUCAUUGAUCUAAGGGUCAUGGGCAAGGUCAGACUGGGGAGGAUUCAAUUGCCCCAAAGCUAAGCCCGGGGAGAGUGAUUUAAAGAUGAAAGUGAUUUAGAGAUGAAAGUGAUUUAGAGACGAAAGAGAAUGGAGUUCUGGUCCUUGUCCCAGCCCCUCUGAGGUGGCUGGACUGGAGAUUGAACAGGGACUGGCUGGAGUUGGGGUGGUCAGGUCCGGUCCCCGCUGCACAGAGUUAGGCACCCAGGGUUCUGUCCGCUUCCCUUCUCUAUUUAAAGACUUUACCUUUAUCCUAACCCAUUUCACCAGUCUAUUUAUAGAUUUUAAUGAGGAAGAGCCAGUACCCCAAACAAGCUCAUUGGCCCAUUGUCAUAUGGAAUUUGGGGAGGGAGUCUUUAUUUUUGUUGUGUACAGACCUCUGUCCAUAAAGGACUAGGGGGAUCCAUCACCAAGUUCAUCAGUUCAUAUUUAAGAUAUACAGACUUCUAUGGUGGGUGAGUGAGUCUGUAUUUGACAGUAGCUAUUCUUCUACCCUCCCUCCCCAACUCUGACCCGACUCUUCCAGGAACUUGGGAUCAUAGAUUGAGAGCUGGAAGGGACCUCAGAUGUCAUCACAUCCAACUUCUUCAUUUUAUGGUUGAGGAGACUGAGGCUGAGAGGUUACAUGACGUGCCCAGGGUUUGUGUAAGGCAGGAUUUGAACUCAGGCCUUCUCGACUUGAAGUCUAAUAUUCUUCAGUCUGCUGCCUCUCUUAGAGCAGGGCCCGGGGUCCAUAGAGAUCAAUCACUUGUUGUGUUCCCUGGGAAGGACAGGGACCAACUCUAGCUCCCUCUCCUCUCCUGGGGGACCCUGAGAUGGAAGUUAGGGGAAUGUGCAGGCCUUCCUUCUACCAAAAUCCCCCUUGCUCAGGGCCCACUCCCACUUGAUCACCAUGGGGCCCUAGGUGAGGCACCCCACCCUCAUACCUACACACACACACACACAAACACACACACACACGCCCAUACACCCAUGCUUAGAGAUCCCCAGAGGACAUUCUGUUUCCUCUCUAGGUUGCUAUGGUGUGUGUGGCAAGGCUGACCCCUGAAGUGAAGCCUAGCCCCACCAUGGGGGGUUGGGUGGAUGAGGGGUAGGGGGUUUAUAUACCCCCAUGGACUCCCUACCCAUCCUGAGGAAGAGAGAGCAGUGCUCUGGCCUUCAUUGCUGGCCCAAGACUGCUAUGGGAAGGGAAGGGCAGUUUCUUGGCUUCUUUGCUGGUCCUCAGAACAGUUGGGGAAAAAGAUAUAGUUCUCAGGCCCAGAGGCCAGCAAGGAAGAGAGGGGGAGUUCUCCAGCCUGGAGUCCCAGCCCUGAGAUCGGCCUAGGAGAGAGGAUGGCUCCCUGGCCUCCCCCUCUGGCCAUGAGACCUCCUGGGGAGAGAGGCAGUUCCCUAGCCUCUGAGACAUGUAAUAGGAGAGUGUGAUGUUCAAUAAUAAAAACGCUUCUCACAGUU